AACAGCGGGACGACGCCUGUGAUGACCAUCAAGACGAACCUACGAGUCGGAUUCCUUUCCCUCUCGAUUUGGUGGGUAAUUAAUAGCGCAGUGAUGUUAAUUCAUUCCGUUCUUUGCGGACGUUGAUCUUCCCCAUCUUGUGCUUCCCUUAAUACAACGAGGUGGGAGAUCCAAAAGGAGGAGCAAGAAGAAGAUUGACGAUCUGGAGAUAGCCAGUGACACAUGGAGUCUGGUUAUUCUUUGCCGGAAGAUGCUCUCUUUCUGGGGUUCGAUAGCUCCACUCAGUCUCUGAAGGCGUCUGUACUGAAUGCGGAUCUGGUUAUUGUUGCGUCUGAGACUGUUCAUUUUGAUUCUGAGUUGCCACAUUACAAAACCAAGGAUGGGGUCUAUAGGGAUCCAUCCGACAGCGGUAGGAUUGUUUCUCCGACUUUGAUGUGGGUGGAAGCCCUAGACCUAUUGCUUGGGAAGCUGACUGCAUCUGGAUUGGAUUUGGGAAGAAUUAUAGCUGUCUCUGGUAGUGGACAGCAACAUGGGAGCGUCUACUGGAAGAAAGGUAGUUUACAGCUGCUGGCAUCUUUGGAUCCGGAAAAGCCUCUAACAACCCAGUUGAGUGAUGCUUUUUCAACGAAAGAGUCACCCAUCUGGAUGGACAGUAGCACCACUGCACAAUGUCGGGAGAUUGAGAAUGCAGUAGGUGGUGCUUUGACGCUGGCCCAGUUAACGGGGUCUAGGGCUUAUGAGAGGUUCACGGGGCCUCAAAUAAGGAAGAUAUAUCAGACACAACCUGAUGUCUAUCAUAAUACAGAAAGAAUAUCUCUAGUCAGUUCUUUCAUGGCAUCUCUUCUAAUUGGCGCCUAUGCUAGCAUUGAUGAAGCUGAUGGGUCAGGAAUGAAUCUUAUGGACAUCAAAGAGCGCGCAUGGCUGAAUGUUGCUCUAGAGGCUACUGCACCAGGUUUGGAAGAGAAGCUUGGAAAGCUGGCACCUGCACAUUCUGUUGCUGGUCUUAUAAGCUCUUACUUUGUCAAGAGGUUUAAAUUCAGCAAGAGCUGCUUGGUUAUUCAUUGGUCAGGAGACAACCCCAAUAGCUUGGCAGGUUUGACGCUCAGCUGUCCUGGAGAACUUGCCAUCAGUCUUGGCACAAGCGAUACUGUGUUUGGAAUAACAAAUGACCCACUUCCUCGUCUGGAAGGGCAUGUCUUGGCCAACCCAGUUGAUCCAAAUUGCUACAUGAUAAUGUUAUGCUACAAAAAUGGAUCUCUCACAAGGGAAGAUGUGCGUGAUCGUUGUGCAAAUCAUUCGUGGGAGUUAUUCAAUAAGCUUUUGGGACAAACUUCACCUCUAAAUGAUGGAAAAUUUGGCUUCUACUUUAAGGAGCAUGAAAUCUUACCCCCUCUCCCAAUUGGUACCCACCGCUAUGCUAUUGACAACUUUGAAAGCAACUCCUUAGAAGAAUGUAAGGUACAUGAGGUUGAGAAUUUUGAUGCUGCUUCUGAGGUCCGUGCCAUAAUCGAAGGGCAGUUUCUUUCGAUGAGGGCCCAUGCUGAGCGUUUCGGAAUGCCAACACCACCUAAAAGAAUAAUAGCAACUGGAGGUGCAUCGGCAAAUCAAUGCAUUCUUAAUUCCAUAGCAUCAAUUUUCGGUAGUGAUGUCUAUACAGUUCAAAGGCCAGAUUCUGCUUCAUUAGGGGCUGCCCUGAGGGCAGCUCAUGGAUGGAUAUGUGAGAAGAGACGGUCCUUUGUGCCCAUCUCAUUCUUGUACAACGACAAGUUGGACAAAACAUCUCUCAGUUGCAAGCUUUCUGCUUCUGCCCAUGACAAAAAGCAUAUUGCCAAAUAUGGCUUGUUGAUGAAGAAGAGAGUGGAAAUUGAGGAUAAACUUGUGCAGAAGUUCGGGAGAUGGUAGAGAGGCAAACAAGUAUUAGCCACGGGAGAUGCAAUUCUUGAAAAUAAAAUUUGGACUGUCUUCAAUUUAUUUCUAUUAUUUUACAGGUCUCCUUGUUCAUAAGACGGGUAACAACCGAGAAGUCAGAAAUUAUUUGUAUAGAAAGCAACCUGCAAUUUAUGCUCUAAAAGUUAUGUUGCUAUAGAA